AUGAUGCCACAGCCAAUUGUUUCCGUGUUAACACUCACGGCGUUACUAUGCGGUCUGUUUUACUUUUUCGUGGCCUCGCACAAUUUCUCUGUCCGAAACAUCUCGAGGGAAUACUCGGCGCUGCAGAUGAACAACGGGUUCUCCUUUAUCCAAAAUCUUUACAGGCCCUACAUACACCCAAUAGACGCCCUAGAUUUCGAUGAUCUGAAUGGAAAAACUUAUUCACUACCACAAAUGCCGAGAUUUACGAAGCCCCUGAGAGAUAAACUCCUUAUUUUGGACGUCGACACCCGGCCACUUGAUGGACCAGGUGAACUUUUGAAUGGGAGCCGGCUGAACAUGACAAGCGCUCAUCAUAGCACAAUUGGUAGACUAAGCCACUACAUAUACGCUACAAUACAUGGCUAUGAUUACAAGCUCAUCCAGGCUUCUUGCCCUACGGGUCUUCAUGGCACAUGGAGUAAAGUGACGGCGAUGAAGGAAGCCCUGAAAUCUUACGAAUUUGUUAUAUUCCUCGAUGGGGAUGCUAUGAUUCGCCAUCCGCACCUUCCUAUGGAAUGGCUUUUCAACUACUGGGACAUAACGCCCGAUACACUCGUCGCCAUGGCACUCGACCCAGAUGAACCACAAAAUCGGGAUGCGAAAGGAAAAACGCUCUUGAACACGGGAUUUAUUAUUGGACAGAAAGACCCCAGGACCCAGGCGCUUUUUGAAGCGUGGGAAUCAUGCCCUACCGACGUUCGAUACCCCGACUGCUCUAAAUGGAGCCAGCAAUGGUCGCAUGAGCAAGCUGCCUUCGGGAAUUAUCUUCGAUAUGACACUGCACUAGAGGGAGAAAUAAAGACUCUUUCAUGCGCCGAGGCGAAUGGAUACCCUGAGAUGGCUAAUAUAAACUGCACUGGGGAUUUUGUUCGGCACUAUUGGAUUUACAAGGAUCUGCUUCCGCCCACUGUUGAAAACUCGAUUACGGAGUAUUUCCUACCCAGAGUGCAGCAGCUCUUUCACGAGAACUUCGCCAGCGUGGUGCUUAAUAUAAGCGAUCCCGUGGUGUCCAGCAUUAAGGAGUGA